UAACAUACAGUAUGCUUCAUUUCAUCCAGAAAUUUUCUCAGGCAUCUUCCAAGGAAUCACUCCUGAUAAGACUUGGAACCAUAUGGAGUGCAAGGGAUCAAACCACUUGCAAGAUACUGAAGUCUCCUUUUACAGUCAGAAGAAGGUUCAGUAUAAGAACAGAUACACUUGGUCUCAAGACAUGUCUCCAGAAAUAUACCCCCCCCCUUUGUUUCCAAGGCAUUGUCUUCUCUCGCCAUACCCACUGUUUACAAGCAAGAUUCAGAACUAUCAUACUUCUCCUUGCAACUUUAAGAAGCAAAAGCAACCAGUACCUCCAACCAGGCCACCAAGCAGCAUCACUUACCUCCCUGACAGCCCAAAGCCAGCAUUAUACUUAACUCUGGCAGGACUAAUCCCUUUUGUUGCUCCACCACUGGUCAUGGCAAUAACAAAGUCUUAUAUCCCUAUUUUAGCUUUUGCUCAAAUGGCUUAUGGAGCUAGUUUCUUAUCUUUCUUGGGUGGGGUUAGAUGGGGUUUUGCUCUGACAGAAGGUAGUCCUGCUAAACCAGAUUAUCUUAAUUUGGCUAAUAGUGCAACUCCACUUUUAUUUUCAUGGUUUGCUUUCUUAGUAUCAGACAAACCCAGUGAAGCUAUAGUUUUUGUAAUAAUAGGUUUGGGGAUAGCAUUACACCUUGAACUUUUUCUUUUGCCACAUUAUCCCAAUUGGUUCAAAGCCCUGAGGAUACUAGUCACUUUGGUGGCCUUUUUUUCAUUUAUAAUUACUUUACUACUUAAAGAUAUUUAUCCAGAGAAAGGUCCCAAGAGACCUACUCAUGUAGGAUAAAUAUAAACCUCAGAUGAUAUUAGCUUGUGACAUCACCUUUUAAGCUUCUCUUUGACAUUUUUACCUCCACUAAUGA